AUGGACCGUCUAAAGAAGGCCAGGACUCCAGUAAGGGCUUCGAUCACCAGGACCUCGAAUGAAGUGGAAGCAGAGUUGAUAAAACCAGAACCUGGCAAGGACGUCCUCGAAUUCAAACUUCACAAGUUGGAAAAUCUACUGGAGGAAAUAAACGACCUUGAUCAAAAAGUGAAGGACAUGAUGUUGGAUGAGAAUCAGUCAGAAGACGACUACGCUCAAGAAACUUCUAGAAUGGAAGAAUUUACGGAUAAAAUUGGGGUCGCACGUCUGAAGAUUCAGAAAAUAAUUCAUCCAACAGGAGUGUCAAUAAGUCCAUCCGCCAGUUUGUACAGCACAGCUGACGGAGGAGAAAAUAAGAAGUUUAAGCUUCCGAAGAUCGAGUUCCCAAAGUUCAGUGGUGAAAUUAAGGACUGGUUAAAUUGGUGGGGUCAGUUUAAGAAAAUCCACGAUGACAAACAGAUAGAGGACGGGGACAAGUUUCACUUUCUCACCCAAUCAGUCACCGCCGGAUCCAAGGCCGCUACUGCAAUUGCCAAUUUCCCUGUCACCGCCGAAAAUUAUCCAAAGGCAAUCGAUAUUCUUCAGAAGCAGUUUGGAGAUUCAAAAGUAUUGUGGAAAUACUACAUGAGAGAUCUGACAGCUUUAAUCCAGAAUGGUCCCAACAGAGGAAAAGUGUCCCUUUUCUCCCUUUACCACAAAUUGGAAUCUCAAUUAAGAGCACUCGAGUCGUUAGGAAAUGUGACCAGAGAUGACUUCCUGUGCCCACUGGUGGAGUCAAGUUUACCGUCGGAGACCCUCGUCGCAUGGCAGAGGAGUUCAAAUUAUGGAAUUGACGGUUCGAAAGCUAAUCCACCUAAAUCUGAAUUGGAUUAUCUGCAGUCUGAAGAUGACGUCCCAACCAUAGCAGCACUACACGUCGCAGCGAAUGCCAGAAGCUGUCUAUUUUGUGGGAAGACAAGUCAUGAAACCAAAGACUGCGGUCGAACUAAGCAACUCUCCAUAAAAGAAAAAGAAGAAAAAUUGAUGGAGGGGAAGGCGUGUUUACUUUGCUUCAAACCAGGACAUUUUGCAAGAAAGUGUAAAUCAUUCGUCAAGUGUCUGGUGUGUGAGAAGAAGCAUCAAACAGUGAUGUGUCCAAAGAUUCACGAACAACAAGAAGGUCACCCGGUACAGUCCGCCAUCAAUUUAAGUAUCAACAAAGGAGUGAUGCUUGAAACAUUGUUAGUAAAAUUGGUGGGAGCGGAUAACAAAGUCUUAAAAGCCAGGAUUUUCUUGGAUCGAGGAGCGAUGAGAAGCUUCAUCAAGAAAUCAACAGCAGAAAUGAUGGGUUAUCAACCGGUUGGCUCUCAGAUUUUCGGAAAAACCUUACUGGGAGGAGUCAACAUUGAGCGGAAGUCGUACAAUGUCUACCAGGUCAAAAUAAGGGAUUUGAAGGGGAAGGUUUCAAAAAUAUUGCAGCUGACAGAGCAGGAGCCCUUCAUUUGUCAACUACCCACGAUACCAGACGGACCAUGGAUUCAAGAACUGAAACAGAAUAAGAUUUCAUUAAGUGACUUCGGCCGUGAUGACACCACAGGCAUUGACAUAUUAAUUGGAGCAGAUCAAAUGUCACAAAUUCUUACCAAGAAAGUUCUUCAUCUAAAAUGUGGAUUGACUGCAACUGAAACUGUAUUUGGAUGGGUAAUAAUGGGACCACUUCAAAGAGAUGAAACCAUUGGCUCCAUUUUGUGCAGUCACGUAAAGGAUGAAAACGUGUCAAAAUUAUGGGACUUGGAAACCUUAGGAAUUCGCGACACCAUUGAGACCGAAACGGAAGCCGAAAAGGAGGAAGAGGCUAAGAAAAGCUUCGCCAAAAAUCUAAAAAGGGCACCGGACGGAAGAUACUCAGUUGGACUGCCGUGGGUGAAUCAACUCCAAGAGAUUCCAUCAAAUAAGUAUGUAGCUGAGAUGAGAACAAUAAAUAUGACCAAGGGACUCAUUUCAAAAGACAAAUUCAAUCAAUACAAUGAAGUACUGAAGACAUGGCUGGCGGAAGGACUUAUAGAAAAGGCGGCCGAUAACGACAAAAGCAACAAGUGUCAUUAUUUACCACACCGCCCAGUGUUUAAUGAGAAGUCGCUUACAACACCAUGUCGACCAGUUUUCAACGCAUCAUGUAAGGUGGGGCGCAACCCGUCACUGAAUGAGUGUCUCUACACCGGCCAGAACAAGAUUGUAUUCCUACCAUCAGUGCUAAUGCGGUUUCGUGAAAAAAGAAUCGGCGUCAUUUUCGAUAUUCGUAAAGCCUUUAUGAUGAUCGCCAUCAAUGAAGAAGACAGAAACUUCCUCCGAUUCUUUUGGUGGGAGGACGAGAGGAUGGAAAAAUUAGCGAUUGUCCGACACUGCAGAGUUUUGUUUGGUGUAAACAGCAGCCCGUUCUUACUCGCAGCCACAAUUGAACACCACCUCAACAGUUAUCAAAAUCAACUCAAGAAUAUUGCGACGAAACUCUUAAACAGUCUCUACAUUGACAACAGUGUUACGUCGGUGGAGAGUUAUGAAGAAUAUGAAGAUUUUCGUGCAAACUCGACGAAGAUGAUUUUGGAGGCCGGAAUGGAUUUAAGAUUGUGGGAGUGCAGUCGAAGAACAGAGGACGACAAGAAGACUGAACAAGCCAACGUGUUGGGAAUUAUUUGGGACAAAAUGGAGGAUACCUUGAAAUGUGAUAUUCCAGUAAAACCAGAAAUUAUAACCAAGCGGAAAAUCCUAUCAAUCCUUCAUCAAGUAUUUGAUCCAAUUGGACAACUUUGUCCGUCAUUACUCCAGCCUAAGAUGUUGUUACAAAAAGCGUGGAUUCAGAAGUGUGAGUGGGAUGAUAAGAAUUUGCCAGAAGAAAUCACCACCGCGUUUGGCAAAUGGGUAGAUGAAUUACCAAGCUUAGCAGAAAUCAAAGUUCCAAGGCAAGCUUGUUACACCGAAAAUACCAGUGCCAGACAAAUUCACAUGUUCUGCGAUGCCAGCCGCGACGCCUAUGCAGCAGCGAUUUUCAUCAGGUCAGAGACGCCGGAGGGAGUCAAAGUACAACUUAUCCACGCAAAGAAUAGAGUGGCACCUCUGAAGAAAGCCACUAUUCCAAGAUUGGAGUUACUUGGGUGUUGGAUGGGAGCUAAUCUUACCAAGACAGUAAAGGAGGCUUUAGGCGACAGUUUGACCUUCUACUGGACAGACUCAUCGACAGCCCUGGCGUGGAUUAAAAGAAAUGACCACUGGGGAACAUUUGUGGGGAAUCGAGUCAAGAAAAUCAUUGAAUUAUCGUCUGUGGAAUCAUGGCGACAUAUUCCAGGAAUUCAUAAUCCAUGCAGCCCAACUGAAUUAUUGGCAUCGAGAUGGUGGGAGGGACCAGCGUGGUUAAAGGAACCUAUUGAAAAAUGGCCAUCAAGUUUACCCCUAUAUGAUGAGACGGAAAUUCAGCAGGAGUUAAGAAAGACACCCCCUGAAGUUAUCUCCACACAAGUUGACAAAUUUGAGCCACGAUUUUCUGUGUACUCAAAGAAUGUACGAGUUUAUGGAUGGAUACGAAGAUUUAUAAACGCUUGUCGCAGUAAGAAGAAUAACUCGAGGAAAACUGCAGAUUUGGAGCCUUUAUCCAUUCAAGAGAUGCGACUGGCUGAACUCGACUUAAUAUAUGAAAUUCAACAACAGACCAUGCCGGUUAAUUCGAAAAUAGUAUGGGGACUUCCAGUAGAGAAAACUGAGAGACUUUAUCGAGUGACCACGAAACUAACACAUGUGAAGGAAGAGUGGAAUUUCAAACGCCCAAUUCUCCUCCCGAAAAAUAAUCCGCUGGUAGUUCAACUUGUAGAAGAACUACACCGUACAUACUGUCAUGCGGGAGUGCAGUAUUUAAUGGGGAAACUUCGCGAAAAGUUCUGGAUUCCACAAGCUAGAAGGACGAUUCGCUCCAUCCUGCAUAAAUGUGUGACGUGUCGCCGAUGGGACGCAAAGAAGACGGAAGUAGAUCCAGCAGCAUUGCCGGAGAAGAGAGUAACGAUCUCCGAGGCAUUUGAAACCAAGGGCGUGGACCUGGCUGGCCCCCUCUACCUAAAAGAUGGAACAAAGAUUUGGAUUGUUCUAUACACGUGCGCAGUAUAUCGCUGUGUGCACCUAGACCUGGUCGACUCUCUGAGUACCGAAGCAUUUUUAAGAUCUCUGGAGAGAUUUAUCUAUUCAGAAGGAAGACCAAAUACCAUAUUCUCAGAUAACGGAACAAAUUUCGUCGGCGCUGCCAACCUCUUGAAAACCCUGGAUUGGAACGUGCUGAAGGAGGAAAUGAAUGUAAAAUCAAUUUCCUGGACCUUUAACCCCCCCACUGCCGCGUGGUGGGGAGGAUGGUGGGAACGACUAGUGAGAACAGUUAAUGACCUACUUCGUCGCACCUUGGGAUCAGCCAAAUUAACCUUUGAUGAGAUGCGAACGAGUUUGGCAGCCGUGACUCAUACAAUUAAUGGUCGACCUCUCGCCACAGUUACCGAAGAUUUCGACGACUUGGUACCACUGACACCGUCAAUGUUUCUGCGUGGAUUACCAAUGCAAGGAUUUCCAGAAAAUGAAUACAUCAGUCCGAGCAAUUUGCAGAAGAAUUAUAAGAAGAUGAACAGUCUUAAGAAGCAGUUCCAAAUACGCUUCAGGAAUGAAUAUCUGGCCCAGUUAGUUCAUCAAUCAAAGCUACGACCUUGCUAA